GUUGCGCUGCUGGACAUAGAUAUCUGUGGGCCAUCGAUCCCUAAAAUGAUGGGUCUAGAAGGAGAACAGGUUCAUCAGAGCGGAUCUGGAUGGUCUCCAGUGUAUGUUGAAGAAAACUUAGGUGUCAUGUCUGUCGGGUUCUUGCUUAGUAGUCCUGAUGAUGCCGUCAUCUGGAGGGGACCAAAAAAAAAUGGGCUGAUCAAACAAUUUCUUCGUGAUGUGGACUGGGGUGAAAUCGACUACCUGAUUGUAGAUACACCUCCAGGAACAUCAGAUGAGCACUUGUCUAUUGUGCAGUAUCUCAGCGCAGCACACAUAGACGGUGCUGUUAUAGUCACUACCCCUCAGGAAGUAUCGCUUCAGGACGUUAGGAAGGAGAUCAACUUCUGCCAUAAAGUGAAACUGCCCAUCAUAGGUGUUGUGGAAAACAUGAGUGGCUUUGUGUGUCCAAAGUGUAAGAAUGAAUCUCAGAUCUUUCCCCCGACUACUGGAGGUGCAGAGAAGAUGUGCCAGAACUUAAAUGUUUCCCUCCUGGGUAAAGUGCCUCUGGAUCCUCAAAUAGGGAAAAGUUGUGACAAAGGCCAGUCUUUCUUGUCUGAAGCACCUGAGUCUCCAGCUACAUCGUCUUACAGGAAUAUCAUUCGAAGAAUUCAGGAGUACUGUGAUCAACACCAUUUUCAAGAAGAAAAGAUUAUCUAAUGUGUGAAUGGAAUAAAAAUGUAGUUCAUGUUUAAUUAUAGAAAAUUAACUUAUGCCUUGAUUUAAUAGAAGGAAUGUAUUCUUUUUGUAUAUUGCAAAUAAAUUCUUAAUAUAAA